UUCUCCUCUUCGAAAUUCAAACUCCGAACGAACUCAAACGCUGAUCUCGUUCUAUCACCUAAUAUCACUCUUUUGAACGUUUCAAACCCUAAACCUACUCAUACAGAACAACCAAGAACGAGAUCAAAUCACAUAAACCAGAACAAUCAAUCAAUAGAAAGCUAAUGAUCUUAUGGAAACAAGAUCCGGAAAGCGAAGAAAGUUUUCCAUCAAUGAAUGUGAUGAGGAGGAAAACAGUGUUGUCCCUAUCGACCGUAUCAGCGACCUCUCUGACGCCGUUUUGCACCACAUCCUCUCCCUCCUCCCAAUCAAAUCAAUCGCACAAACCAGCGUCUUAUCCAAACGGUUUCGAUCCAUCUGGUCCACAUUCCCGGACCUCGAUUUCACCACAAUCACACACAUUGGCUCGAUUUCUUCAUCGCCGAAAUCAAUAAGGCGAAAUCGAAAGAAGUGUUAUCCAUUCUCUUCUAUAGAUUUCAUUAACAAGGUCUUAUCACUCCGUCACAAGGAAUCCGACAUUAGAGCUCUCCGAUUUCGUGCUAGAUUAAGCUUCUCGCACCUGAAUUCCUUGUUUCGUCGCUCAAUUCGACAAAAUGUGCAAGAACUCCACGCCGAGGUAGCCAACGACGGCUACUUCAACCUCCCCCGAUGCGUCGUCACCAGUCAAUCUCUAAGAGCGCUUAAAUUGAGAUCUCGUUAUCCCGGGCUUCGAUUGCCUCCUUUGUCGGUUGUCACUAGCGGAUUCAAAUUUCUCCACACACUGUCAUUGUCAUUCGUACUCCUAUCCAAUCAGUCAUCGGUUCUUGAUUUGUUUACCGAAUCAUCGUUCCAAAAUCUGAAAAAAUUGUAUCUAAACACCUGUAUCAGAUUGAAGAAUCUGAAGAUUGGCUGUAGAAAUUUAGAAGAUGUGACGGUGGAGAAUUGUUCUGGAUUGGAUGGUUUGGAGAUUUGUGGAGGGAAAUUGGAGAGAUUGAUCGUUUCGAGUUGUUUCGAUAUGUAUUCUGAUAAGAGCUGGGUUAAGAUUGAUGCGCCGAGACUGAAGAGUAUUUUGUGGGAAUAUAAUGCAAUUACUGGUACAAGUUGUUUGGAGAAAUUAAGGGCUCUGGAAGAGGCGUCUAUUGGGCGCUUUGCGCUUCAGGAGGAGAAGGAUGUGAGUGUAGAAAAGCUGCAGAGUGUCUCCAACUUUGUGUCUGCACUUUCUCAUGCACGUUCCUUGACUCUUCAAAGACAAUGUGUCGAGAUUCUAUCAAACAAGAAUUAUUGGGCACAUCUUCUGCAUCCCUUCAACAGCCUCAAAUAUUUAAAAUUGCACACUGGUUUCAACAAACACAACAUACCAGCAAUUGCGUGGCUUUUCAGGAGCUCCCCUACAUUGCACAUACUCAUUCUCAUGAUUACCACAGAAACCAAGAGCGGAAGACGGCAAUGGAACAGAGAUAUGUGGGAUAUGUCAGUCUCAGAGGACGAGCUGUAUUGGGAGUCUCAGACAUGUAAUUUGAAGCCAUUUUUGGAGAACCUGAGAGUGGUGAGAAUACAUGGAUUUUUAGAGUAUGAGAACGAAGUAUGUCUGGCAAAGUUCUUGCUCAAGCAUGGAAAGGCCUUACAAGAAAUGACUCUUUGUCCUGAAAAAUGCAAUUCUAGAGACUCUCUUCGAAGACAGAAAGUGAGGUCUCAGAUGAUGGGUUUCUCUUGGGCUUCUUCCAAUGCAAAAUUUGCAUUUCAAUGA